AUGCUGAAGAAACUAAAGGAGAAAAAGAAGGAAAGAGAAGAGGAGCAGGCACAGUUUGUAAGUCAACUGAGUAACCUGAAACCGAUUGAAGUCAAAUCGGAGGGAUGUGCUGAAUUUGAAUUUGAAAUGGACCUCAAAGACCCUAAUUCAAGGAUCUUCCUAUUCAAAGAUGGGGAAAUGGUCCAAUUUACUUCAGAAGAUGAUGAGAAGCAUUCCCUAAAAAAGAUAGGGAAAAAAUUUGUGUUUUCAGUUAAGGACCUUUUGCCAGAGGAUGCCGGAUUAUACCAAGUCGAUGUUGAGGGUGUCAAUAUCUUUUCAACAGACUUUAAAAUUCCACCAGUGGACUUCUUAGUCAAGAUUCAGGAAGUGAAGGCCUGUGAGAGAGAGGAUGCUGUCUUUGAAUGCGUUUUAUCCCAGCCAAUGGAAAAGAUCAACUGGAUGGGGAAGAAUGUGCCCCUGGUGCAAGGCGAGAAGUAUGACAUCGAAGUAUCUGAGGACAAGCUCAUCCACAAAUUGGUGGUGAAAGACUGCCUGCAACUAGACAAGGGCAUCUAUGCAGCUGUUGCUGGAAUCAAGUCCUGCAAUGCAUGGCUGGUGGUAGAAGAUCCUGGUGUCCACUUCACCUGUGGACUAUCAGACAUCAAUGCUGUUAUGGGACAGUCCGCAGAGCUGGUCUGCAAGCUGAGCAGUGAAAACUGUGAUGGAGUAUGGUACAAAGAUGGGGAAGAAUUAACCUCAGAGGAGGAUGGACCGACUCUCGUUAAGGAUGGAGCUUAUCACAAGCUUAUCAUUACAAAGUGCGCAGAGGAAGAUUCUGGGAAAUACCGCUUUGAGGCUGACGGACGUAAGACCGAGGCUAUAGUGAUUGUUGAAGAUCCCCCUAGGAUUGAUCCAGAUGAACUGGCUAAAUUCUCAGAGCCAGUAAUCAUAAAAACAGGCCAGAGCGCCACCUUCAAGCUGACCUUUGUAGGCCGAGAGCCAAUGAAGAUCCAAUGGUACAGCGAGGACGAAGAGCUCUUUGACGAAACCAACAUAAAACUAGAGAAAUCAUCCUCUCACAGUCGUCUGCUUCUCAACAAGUGCCAGCGGAAACAAACUGGAGAGAUUAAACUUAAGUUAAAAAAUGAGUUUGGAACUAUUGAAGCUCUAUCCCAGCUCAUAGUCAUUGCUUACCCUGGUCCUCCCUCUACGCCCAAGGUGGUCAGUGCAUUCAGCGAUUGCAUCAAUCUGUCCUGGUGUCCCCCAACCAACACUGGAGGAACUAACAUUGCGGGCUACAACUUGGAGAAACGCAAGAGAGGCAGCAACUUAUGGGGCCCUGUAAACCCACCAGAUGAACCCAUCAAAGAAAAACAAUAUCCAGUGAAAGACGUAGUUGAGGGAAUAGAGUAUGAAUUCCGAGUGUCAGCCAUCAAUUUCUCUGGAGCUGGAGAACCGAGCACGCCUUCUGAGUUCGUGUUCGCCAGAGAUCCAAAGAAACCCCCUGGUAAAGUCAUCGAUCUUAAGGUGACAGAUUCAACGUACACGUCUUUGUCCCUGGGCUGGACUAAACCCAAAGAGGAGGAAGGGGUACAGGAUGAGGCUAAAGGUUACUAUGUGGAGAUCAGGCCUGCUGAAAUGACUGAAUGGGCUCGUUCUAACUCAAAUGCCAUCACCACCACCUCGUUCACCAUCAUUGGUUUGAAGUCCAUGGCCAUGUACUGGGUCAGAGUGUCUGCCACAAAUGAGGGAGGAGAUGGAGAGCCUCAAAAUUUAGACAACUACAUUAUUGCAAUGCCACCUCCAGUGAGGCCAACAUUUACAGAUCGUAAAAUGAAAAGCUUCAUGGUGGUGAGAGCUGGGAAUUCAACACGAGUCAACAUAAACUUUCAGGCAUCACCCAUGCCAAAAAUAACUUGGUUGAAAGAUGGCACGCCCGUAUCCAAACGAAUUACUGCAAUCAAUGCUGAAGGCACAUCACAGCUUCUGAUUCCUUCAUCGGAACGUUCAGACACUGGAAUUUACACCAUCAUUCUCAAAAACAUUGUUGGGCAAGAAACCUUCAGCAUUGAAAUUAGAGUCACAGAUGACCCCAAGCCCCCAGGCCCAGUGGAGCUAGAGCAGAAUGUCCCAGGUACUGUUACUGUCUCCUGGACACCAUCCCCAGAUGAAAAGCGUGAUGACAGGCUCCACUAUGUAGUGAUGAAGCGAGACUCAGCCAAGCGCACUUGGCAAACUGUGGCUGAUCGCCUCUUCAACAACAACUACACUGCUGUGAACAUCAUACCUGGGCGAGAGUACAACUUCCGGGUGUAUGCCAAAAAUGACAUGGGACUUUCUGACCCUUCAGAGUCUCGUAAAUGGGAAGUGGUCAGGAAGAAAGAGAAGUUCACUCUGAACAUGCCUGAAUCCAAGAGCUGCACGUUCGAGACCGUGCCCUCCUUCCUGGUCCCCCUGAGGACCCACAGCAGCCCUGAGAGCUACGAGUGUUACAUGAGCUGUGCCGUCAAAGGAAACCCUGCACCUCACGUCACAUGGUACCGCAAUAACAUCAGUAUCAACACCAACACCAAUUACUUCAUCUCCAACACAUGCGGCGUCUGCUCCAUGCUUAUCUUGAGAGUGGGCCCCAAAGACAACGGAGAGUACAAAGUCAUCGCCGAGAACCAACAUGGCAGGGCGGAGUGCUCUACCAAGCUCACAGUUCACAGUACAUGAGAAUAAAGGAAUUGGAGAUGCCAAGACUGAAGUUCAAAACAAGAACACUAAGAUCCGGAGAAAUUAGUUGCUUUUUCAUAGUGGUGUAGUUAUGAUUUUGGUGAUGUAAUGUGUCAUGUGAUUAGUUUUGUAAUUUAAUCUGAAUUCUAUGAAGGCCCACAUAAACACCUGAAUGAAAAUGUUUGAAAUGCGGCCUAAUAAACUGUUACAGAAAUGAAAAUCAAACAUAUAUUCUUGCAUCAU